GGCCCGCUGCCCAGGCUGCUGGCGCUGUGCGCGCUGCUCGCCCCGCUGCAGGUGACCUUCCAGGUCACUCCUCCGUGUGCUAGUGACAGGCAUUAUGGGCAUGCUGGGCGGUGCUGCAGCAAAUGCGAACCAGGAAAGUACAUGUCUUCUAAAUGCACUACUACCUCUGACAGCGUGUGUUUGCCCUGUGGCCCGGAUGAAUACUUGGAUACCUGGAAUGAGGAAGAUAAAUGCUUGCUGCAUAAAGUUUGCGACACAGGCAAGGCCCUGGUGGCGGUGGAUCCCGGGAACCGCACGGCCCCGCGGCGCUGCGCCUGCACGGCUGGGUAUCACUGGAGCCAGGACUGCGAGUGCUGCCGACGCAACGCGGAGUGUGCGCCCGGCUUCGGCGCCCAGCACCCUUUGCAGCUCAACAUGGACACGGUGUGCAAGCCUUGCCUUGCAGGCUACUUCUCAGAUUCCUUUUCUUCCACGGACAAAUGCAAACCCUGGACCAACUGUACUGUUCUUGGGAAGACAGAAGAACAUCAUGGGACAGAGAAAUCAGAUGUGGUUUGCAGUUCUUCUCUGCCAUCUAGAAAACUGCCGCAGGAGCCCCAGAUGUACUUGCCCAGCUUAAUCAUUCUGCUUCUCUUCGUGUCUGUGGCGUUGGUGGCUGCCGUCAUCUUUGGUGUUUACUACAGAAAAAGGGGGAAAGCAGUAACAGCGAAUUUGUGGCACUGGGUCAAUGAUGCUUGCAGUCGCCUAAGCGGAAAUAAGGAGUCCUCAGGUGACAGUUGUAACGGUGUUCACUUGGCAGCCUCUCCGCAGCAUGAAGUAAGUGAAGGUGUCUUACUGCUGACUCUGGAGGAGAAGAUGAUUCCACAAGAUAUGUGCUGUUCGGAUGGUGCUGGUGUCUUCAGGGGUGCAUGCGCAGGAGCUGGGCCCUGUGCUCAGGGCGAAGAAGCCAGGACAUUCUCUUUGGUUGAGAUUGAGGGGGACCCCUUCAGGCAGAUUCCCAUGGAAGAUGAGUACACAGACAGGCCCUCGCAGUCCCCAGACUGUUCACUGUUCCAGACCCAGCCUGGAAGCAAAUCCACACCCGCUUUCUCUGAACCCCUGGAGGUGGGGGAGAAUGACAGUUUAAGCCAGUGCUUCACAGGAACUGAGAGCACUGUGGAUUCAGAAAGCUGCAACGUCACGAAGCCCCCAUGUAGGACUGACUGGAUUCCCGAGUCCCCUGCAAAAUAUUCACAAAAAGAGGUGGAAGAUGGUGGUGGCCCACGCUGGGCAGCCAGUGCCAGCUUGGCAGACAGCUGCACAGGCUGUGGGCCUCCUGGGAAGGACCAUGAACCCUUCAUGAGUUCCCUGAAAUGUGGACACUUGCCCCAGUGUGCCUAUGGCAUGGGCCUCCCCACUGAGGAAGUAGCCGGCAGGGCAGAGGGGGGCGACACACCCCAGGAGGGGGAUGAUGUGAGGCUUCCAGGCUCCGCGAGGGCAGGCACUGGAUCUGGGAGCUCCUCCUGUGACCAGCCACCUGUAUCUGGAAAUGUGACCGGAAACAGUAACUCGACGUUCAUCUCCAGCGGGCAAGUGAUGAACUUCAAGGGCGACAUCAUCGUGGUCUACGUCAGCCAGACGUCGCAGGAGGGCGCGGCGGGGCCGGGCGGCGCGGGCGCGGACCCCCUGGGGCGCCCGGUGCAGGAGGAGACGCAGGGCUGCGACUCCUUCGCGGGCAACGCGCCGCGCUUCCCGGACUCGAGCGCGGCCGCCCAGGCGCCGCGGGGACCUCUCGGGGCGGCGCGGCCGGUGCAGGAGCAGGGCGCGGGCUGAGCGCGCCGGCCGAUCCGGAUCCGGAUUCCGAUCCCUCCGGACCUCGGCCGAGCCCGGACGGGUGCGCGAACUUGCCUGGCGUUCUCCGCCCGCUUUCCGAGGACCCGGGCCUUUUGAAAAGCGAGGGUGCAUUGCGACGGCUCACUGUGAGCACAGCCUCCCCUUCGCACCGGCGCACAGCGCCGCCGGCCGGGGUCCACCCGCUCCCGCCGCGGCUUUGCCAGCCCGCACCCGUCCCUCCUCGGUGACGGCCCCUUUGACAUCUUCGGUUUAUGACGGUCUUGGUCCGUGUAGAUCCGUUUUCCUCCCUAUGUUUCACUUUCUUUCUUAACAUCUUGAUUGUUUCUUGCACCUUCUUUUCCUAUUUAAGGAUAUAUAUAUAUAUUUCCACUCCUCACAGUGUUCUGCUGAUGGCUUUCCAAGUGUGUGUCUGAGGACUUUCAGGGAAAGGCUAGACCUGUAAAGCCUGGAAUGAGCUGCAGGGUACAUGUAGAGGGACUUUUAUUUCCUGGCAAAUGUUCUGUGUCCCCAUUUUUCUAAAAGGAAGAAAAUGGGAGCUCUUGUUUUGCCCCCAUGCAUGUUUUUAAGUUUGUAUAGUUCCUGGAGCAGAACUAAGUUCAGUGCAUGGCCUUGCCCCCUACCUAGUUUAUUUAUCCACACCAUCAGAGGCAACAGGUAUUUGGCAGCUGUCUAAAAAAAAACUGGCAACUAGACCUCUAAAAAUUGCUGCACAUAGCAUUCUGAAUCUUGAUGUCUCUGAAGAUGACCAAAAAUAAAUAAAUAAAUAAUAGGACACUGAGUGUGCCCGCCCACAAAGUGAAAAGAAGGUGCCAGGGAAGUUCAAGAAAGAAUAAAGUUGACAUUAUUUGCAUUUUCUCUUUCUAGAGAUGAAUGCCAUAAUUAUGCUUAAGCAGUAGGUCCUCCUUUCUUCCUAAAUAAUUGUGCAUCUGUCACUUGGCCUUGAUGAAAUAUCCCUACUUUUCCCAGUGCAUUUAAUUUACAAAGGAAAUCCUCAUGUUGUGAGCAUAAGAGAGCGUCUUAUCCUACCUUAUUCUCUUGGCACUGGUCCUCCUGCAAAGAAACAGAAUGUAAGUCAGCCUGGGAAGAAGUCACGUGGGUGGAUCUAUCUGUUGUGGCCAGUGAGCCACGAUGGUUUUCCUUAAUACUGGAGAAACGUUAAAUCACCGAAGCAAAUUAAAAGUAAUGUGGCACAUCUGGCAGGUGCAAGGGUGGUAAUGGUGGUCACCGUGAAGACUGUAAUGGCCAUAGAUGUCCACCUGGAGAGAAUGGCUGUGCAUCAUCUCUCUCCUCGUUUCAGUUCUCCUGGAAGUGCUGGUUGGUAGCAGCUGAUUGUGACUUUCAAUGCAGAGGCAGAGAACAGCUCUGUAAUUUAUGGGAUCUUCACUCUGCAGGUACAAAGAACUUCAGGAAUAACUGCAGUGCGAGAAUGAUCUGUUGGUGGGAAUUUACUGUCUUUUCUGCCCUUUUAGUUAACAUUCACCCAGAAUGAGAUAUAACAAAAAUAGCGGAAAAAACAUUACACCUUUUGAUUCAGAAUAUAUUAAACAGACAGAAUAAUAGUUCACAAAGUAGGAUGCUGAGCUAAAAACCCACGUUUCUACUGUGACUGUCAUUAUCUUACUUCACCUCUCUGCUUUCAUUUUACUUUCUAUAAAAUGACAAUAAUAAUUUAUCAUAGUUUUUCUACCCAGAAGUAUCAAAUGGAUGCUACAGUGAAUGUUAAAGUAUCUUGAGCUCCUUAAAUAAAAGGUGCCAUAUUAAUACAUGA